GUUUGAUAGAGAGCGCGGAUUUUGAUGUGAGAGGAAGGAAAACCCCUAAAGAUAUAAGAUAGCAUUGACAGGAGAAGAGAGACCAACAAUGCUAUCACAUACAAGACGUGAUGGUCCUUCUGUUGGGUUGGUCCCUCUGUCUUUCCCAGCAACAAAGAGCAUACUAUGGGAUCACACCAGUACUGGGCCUGCUGUCGUCAUACACAUGACCUACUACAGGGACAUUAGAUUAAUAAUUUCAAGUAAAGCACUGCAACUGGCACGGAGAUGCGCUGCAGAUAGCAGCAAAAUGGAAUUUCUUUGCUUACUUCAAGGAUCUUUGUCUGUAGAUACAGAUGGUGGCAUCACUGCAAAUCUUGAGAGGUUCGACAUGGGUAAGAUGGAGCAAGGCAGUCUGUCUCCAACAAGUACAAUGGCAGGAGACAUCACUGUACCUUUGAUUGUGAUGAAGAGUGGAAGCAAACCUCAGCUCAGCAGCGAUGAUUAUUUCAAGGCACUUCAGAUGCUGCAGCACACUGUGACCAGUGGUUGUAAAAUUCAGCUGGAUCAGUAUGUGGUUGCCUUUGCCAGCCUUGUUCCCAAGCCAUCUACCAGGAAUGGGGAGGUUUAUGACAUGGGUAUCAGUGUGGUAUCUCUGUCAAACCACCUGAAGGCUACACCAGUGAAAAAUGUGCCCAUUGUCCCCACUGCUUUAUCCAAGAACUUGGCUGGGCCUGCAAGCCUGAGUGACAUGCAGGGAGAGCCUAAGGCAGGUUACCUCACCAUGGACCACACCCGCAAGUUGCUCUUGAUAUUAGAGUCUGACCCCAAAGUUUACACUCUUCCUUUGGUGGGCAUAUGGCUGAGUGGAAUACCACUGGUGUAUAACCCCUUUGUAUGGGCUGCCUGCCUGAGAUACCUGCACAAUGCACACAUACAGGAAAGGGUUUGCAAACCACCAGAGCCUUUCUUGUUGGUCCUGUACUCUCCUCUCCACUCUCAGCCAGAGUUCUAUGAGGUCACUGCUGUGAAUGGAGGGGGCAGACUCACUUUCCAGCUCUAUUCUGCUGUUCAGAACAUAGACCUCUCAAAGACUGGCAGUAGUGAGGCAGUGGUUGACGUGGACUUAUGUAAAGUUCAGGGUGGUGGACAGAAUAUGGAAGUGUUUCAGGCUGCAGUGCAGCAACUGACAGAAACCAGGUGUGAGACCCCCAAGGCUAAGGACCAUGUUAUAGUAACUGUUGAAGACAGCACUCCUAGAGCAACCCCUUCUCCACACACAGCAAAGACAACAUCUAUCCAACCAAGUGUACCUGAUGUCUCUCUUAUAUUUGAUGACGACUAUCAGCCUGGCAAGCAGCCUCAUAUCCAAGGCAAAGAAAAUGUAUACCAACCAACUAAAACUCUUCAACAGCAAUACACAGACCAGUUAACUGCCUUUCGACCCAAAAAACAGCAGCAAAAGCCAGUGCCAUCCAGACAACCUCUAAAGCCUGUCAACAGACAGUCCCCUAGCUUACCUGUGUCACCAAAUAUACCACAACACAUCAAGCCACUUCCACCCCGCAGUCACAGUUUGCCAGAUGUCAGUCAGUUACUUGAUGACAGUGGACAGCAUGGUGAUCACCAGAGUCCACACAUGCAGAGACAGUCCAGCUCAGAACAGCUGAUGUAUGAGCAACAACUGCAGCCAUCUUCAGGUCCUGGGAUUCAACAGUUUCCUCCCCCCUACCCAUACCCCCAUCAGUAUCCAGGUGUGCCUGACACAGGGGGAAUGGAUUAUGGGGUUCCUGGUAAAUAUGCAUCAACAAGAGGUCCUGUACCGAGACAGAGGGGGCCAAGAACAAAGAAAGGAAUGCCUGGUCCUCAUUUACAGCCAAGUCAGCGUUCUCAUUCAGGAGAAAGACAGAGAAUGCCUAGACAAGGUCAACAAAUGCAUCCUCAUCACAACAGCAGCCAACUUCCACCACAGUAUGCAUUUCCUCCAUAUCAGGGACAUGUGCCACAUUGGCCAGCAGUACCCCCUGGAUAUCAACCAGGUCCUCCCCCAUAUCACCACACAGGUAGUGGAAGGCAUAGUCUAGGGUCCUCAGCUCCACCACCACAACAUGCACCCACCAGACACCAGGGAGGUCCUCAGACUAGGAGACUUAGUGAACCCAUUGCUUCAGGUAUGAUUGGCCAGUAUCAGUCACCUGGGUGUAUGAAACCAUAUGGAGUUUCCCAGGCAGGGCAGAAUGGAAGAGCAGGUGAAAACUUGUGCAGGGGACCAGAGCCCCAAAGGCAUGCACCAAGGAAAAUGCAGCAGAACAACCUAGUUCGUCAGUGUCAAGAAUGUCAACAGUCCUGUAGUGUGAGAGGUGAGCCAGUCCCUGCCAGUGCUGCUGUUACUGUACACCAUAAUGUUCAGAAGUCUGUUCCACAACACGUUCAUUUUGCUCCACCUGAAGAUCAUGGGCUGAAGGAAAAAUUGAGACCAAACAAAUGUGCUUGUUGUGGCUUGGCAGUGUGUGAGAAGGGAAAUAAUGAAAGUAAAAGAGGUCAUGAUGUGAAAUCAAAAGAUGACUGUGUAACUCACCAAAACCAGACUCCAUAUCAAAACAUGGCCCCAGAUGACAUGUAUCAACUUCUUCUCAAACAAGAUGCUGAAAUUAAAGAACAGAACUCUCAAUUGAAGAUGUUGCAAGCUCAGAUACAGAAAAUACUGUCUGCUCAGCAAAACACACAGACAAACAUGGAACCAGAUGUUGACCACUCCCCAGGACCAAAUGUGGGAGGAUCCCCAGACUCUCAGGGAUAUGUUUCUAUGGAAACCAGUGUCACAUCUCCAGCAGAGAAGAUGACUUGCAGUAUGGGUACAAAUACCAGCCUGUGGCUUGCAAAUGGGAUUCAAAUCCCUGAAAAAUGCCAUACUGAUUUAUCUCAAAGCAGAAUGAUCCAGCAAGAUGGUGAUGAGAAACGGCAGCUAGAGCUGGAGACAGACCCAGUAAAUGUGACUGAGGAAAAUCAGGGGGGUAACAGUAACCAGUCUUUGGCAAGCUUGGGCAGUGUCCAUGUACAAGUGCAGGAAAGAACUGACCAAAGCUUUGUGUCAGAUAUGGUAGUGGAUAUCCCAAGUUAUGAAAGUUCUCCGGAACGAACACCAAAGAAUGAAAGGAGCAGACCAAAUACCAGAUGUGACCAGAGUUUCCAAAGUCCCAUUCUUGGAGAAAGUAUCAGCAUGUAUGAGCAGGGUGCUGAUGCCAGAGGAAAAGGUAAAGGUGAAGAGAUGCAAACUGAUAGGAAGGAGGUCCCUGCUGUUGCUGAAAAUGCUCAGUACUAUGAAAACAUUAUUAAGAAUGUAAAACAACUCCUAGCCAAGCAUUCAGAUUCAGAAAGACCAGUGUAUCACCAGGAGGAUGACCCCUCUUCCAUGUGUUUGGAACAGAGGGAAGUUUUACCUGACAAAGUGGUUGAAGUUGUCAAGCAGGCUGCUGUAUUUGACAGUGAACCAGAAACUGAUGUAGUCUGUGCAACAAUUGAACAUCUCAAGAAAUUGGGAAUUAAUGAAACAGAAGCUGAAGAAGAAGAGAGGGUCGAUGCUUCCAUGCUGAAUUUGGCAUUACUACCCAAAGUCAACUACAUGUCACUGAUGCUGGACGACCUGCCAGAUACAGAUGUAAGCAUGGAGAUGAAUGCAUUAGCAAUGAAAUACCUCAGUGAUGACCAGCUGUCUCAGUUUGCUAAAUUGUCAACUAAACCAUCAGCAAGAAGAGGGAAUAAAAAGGACACCUUAUUACACAGAGUGUUAUUAAAUGACCAGGGUUCUACUCCCAAUGUCACUUUGUUUGGCAUGUCCCCCUGCAACAUGACAAUGGCCACCAGGAAGUACAUGGAAAGGUAUGGGUUGAUAAAGGGUAAAGCCACAAAAGACACAUUUGCACAUGAGUCUGAUAUUCACGUUACCAGCAAACUGCAGUGGAAAUUGCCAGUGGCAGAUGAGCCUGAAAAUGAAAUUCGACCCAAUAAAAUCAGUAAUUGUGACAAGGACAUUGGGGGUUUAGCUAAAUUGCAAGGCCAGAAAGUAAGUGUGGAGAAUAGAGCUACAGCCAAAAAAGACUUUGAAAAUGAGAGUGAAAAUCCGCUCUCCGAACCUGAUCAUGAAUAUGAAAAUAGGAAUUUGAAGAGAACAGUAGAUAAAAAGUCAGAAAUACAAGUGCUGGAAGGAUUACCUAGACCAGGAACUAGGUCCAAGGAGCAGAAAGAUAUGCAAUCUUCUCAUAAACUAGAUAAAGCAGGUGCUUCUUCACAGGGUGUCACUGUUGGGGCAUUUCUUGGGCAAAUGAAACGGGCAGCUAUGAGACAUUCACCAUCGUCAGUCAACAGGUUGGAGGCUCAGGGUGAAGCAAAUGACAGUGAUUCCUAUACCUCUGUGGCUUCUGAUUCUUCCAGUGAAGGGAGUGUGAGCUUUGCCAAACCAACCCUUUCCCCAGGACAAAACAUUCUGGAUAUUCACAGACUUAAACAACUCCCUAAGCUCAUGUGAAGUUGGCAGACAUAGAGGUUUUUGUAUAAGAAAAUAAUUUGUGUUUGUACAUAGUUUCAUUGCUCACCUUUUGUCUAUGAAUACCUUCCAUGAGAGAUCAUUUUAUGAUACUGAUGUGAAAAUAUCUCAUCAGCAAAUACUUAUACUAUCCAUUGGGGUAGGUUGAAAUUUGCACAGCUAAUUUAAAAACUAUAUUAUGUGUAAUAUGACACAGUUGCGCUACAGUUAAUUUUGUUAGUGCACCGGUAAUCUAACUGAAUGCAUUGGAACACUCAUGUAAUUGUUGCAAAUUAUUUGAUCAAUUUUUAAUAGUAAAAGGACACGUAAUUUUGUUGCUAGUUUAUUUAUUGAGAUGUGUAAAGGAAAUAAAGCGCUCAUUAAAGGGACAGGGUUCCAGUUUCUCUUCAUUAAUGGUGUUCAGACACAAUUUUUAAUGAAAUUACCUUUCCCUGAUCAAAAUUACAAGUUUUGUAAAAGUGAUAUUGUGUAAACAAUCCCAAAUUUGGGUACUGGAAAAAUUAAAAUAUAGAAUAUUUUGAUGUUUAUAAGAUAAUGGGAGUAAAACAGGAUUGGUUAAUUUCAUUUUAAACAAAAAAGUUUUAAGUUUUGGUAUUGCAAUAGCAUUUUUGUGAUAAAAUUUACAUCAACACCAUUGGUGCUCAACACUACCAAUACAAAGAGAUUGAAAUGGAAGUUACAUUUGUAACAAUAAUUUAGUUGUCAAAAUUGGCAAACUGGACAAUACAAA